AUGCCACCCAUGGUCACCCUGAAGCCCUCAGGCCUGCGGAGCUCCCGGAACCAGGCCGGGGAGGUCCUCAUGCAGGAGGCCGGGGGCACCUGUCCUGGAGGCCCCAGGGCUGCUGCGCCCGGCUCGGGGCCCGGCCUGUGCCGGGGCGAGAUCGAAUUUGGAGGGUCUGGGAAGAAGCGAGGCAAGUUCGUGAAGGUGCCCAGCGAUGUGGCCCCCUCCGAGCUCUUCGACCUCCUGCUGGCCGAGUGGCACCUGACUGCUCCCAACCUGGUGGUGUCCCUGGUGGGAGAGGAGCGGCCGUUCGCCAUGAAGUCCUGGCUGCGGGAUGUCCUGCGCAAGGGGCUGGUGAAGGCAGCUCAGAGCACAGGGGCCUGGAUCCUGACCAGCGCGCUCCGAGUGGGCCUCGCCCGGUACGUCGGACAGGCCGUGCGUGACCACUCGCUGGCCAGCACGUCCACCAGGGCCCGUGUGGUGGCCAUCGGCCUUGCCUCGCUGGGCCACGUCCUGCACCGUCAGCUUCUGGACAAUGCCCAGGAGCACAGCCCCGUCCACUACCCCACGGACGACGGCAGCGGCCAGGGCCCCCUCUACUCCCUGGACAACAACCAGGCCCACUUCAUCCUGGUGGAGCCUGGGCCCCCCGGGAAGGGGGACGGGCUGACGGAGCUGAGGCUGAGGCUGGAGAAGCACAUCUCGGAGCAGAGAACUGGCUGGGGGGGGGGGGCGGGGGGGGGGGGCACCGGCAGCAUCGAGGUCCCGGUCCUCUGUCUGCUGGUCAAUGGUGACCCCAGCACCCUGGAGAGGAUUUCCAGGGCCGUGGAGCAUGCUGCCCCGUGGCUGAUCCUGGCAGGCUCAGGGGGCAUCGCAGACGUGUUGGCCGCCCUGCUGAACCAGCCCGACCUCCUGGUGCCGCAGGUGGCCGAGAAGCAGUUUAAAGAGAAGUUUCCGGGCGAACACUUCUGCUGGGAGGACAUCGUACACUGGACCGAGCUGCUGCAGAACAUCACCUCCCACCCGCAACUGCUCACCGUGCACGACUUCGAGCAGGAGAGCUCCGAGGAGCUGGACACCGUCAUCCUUAAGGCGCUGGUGAAAGCCUGCAAGAGCCACAGCCAGGAAGCACAGGACUACCUGGAUGAGCUCAAGCUGGCCGUGGCCUGGGACCGCGUGGACAUCGCCAGGAGCGAGAUCUUCAACGGGGACGUGGAGUGGAAGUCCUGUGACCUGGAGGAGGUGAUGAUGGACGCGCUGGUGAGUGACAAGCCCGAGUUUGUGCGACUCUUUGUGGACAACGGCGCCGACGUGGGGGACUUCCUGACGUAUGGGCGGCUACAGCAGCUCUACCGUUCCGCGCCCCCCAAGAGCCUGCUCUUCGACCUGCUGCAGCGCAAGCACGAGGAGGGCCGGCUGACACUGGCCGGCCUGGGCGCCCAGCAGGCCCGCGAGCCGCCCGUGGGCCUGCCCGCCUUCUCCCUGCACGAGGUCUCCCGCCUGCUCAAGGACUUCCUGCACGACGCCUGUCGCGGGCUCUACCAGGAGGAGGCUGACGGCCCUGUCCUCCAGGAACGGGGACCGGCCAGGCGGCCCGAGGGCCGGAAGUGGCUGCUGGAUCUGAACCGAAAGAGCGAGAACCCCUGGAGGGACCUGUUCCUCUGGGCCGUGCUGCAAAACCGACAGGACAUGGCCACCUACUUCUGGGCCAUGGGCCAGGAGGGGGUGGCUGCCGCUCUGGCCGCCUGCAAGAUCCUCAGAGAGAUGUCGCGCCUGGAGACCGGGGCGGGGGUGCACUGCACCGUGAGCGAGGCCAAGUACGAGCAGCUGGCCCUGGGUCUCUUCUCCGAGUGCUACAGCAACAGCGAGGACCGUGCUUUCGCCCUGCUGGUGCGCAGGAACCGCUGCUGGAGCAGGACCACCUGUCUGCACCUGGCCACCGAGGCCGACACCAAGGCCUUCUUUGCCCACGAUGGGGUGCAGGCCUUCCUGACCAAGAUCUGGUGGGGGGACAUGGCAUCGGGCACGCCCAUCCUGCGGCUGCUGUGUGCCUUCCUCUGCCCGGCCCUCAUCUACACCAACCUCAUCACCUUCAGCGAGGAGGUCCCGCUGAGGACGGGCCCCGAGGGCCUGCAGGAGCUGGACAGCCUAGACACGGAGAAGAGCCUGCUCUGCAGCCCGGGCAGCGGGCUGGAGGAGUUGGCUGAGGCACCAAGGGCUCAGGGCGACCGAGGGCCGCGUGCUGCCUUCCUGCUCACACGCUGGCGCAUGUUCUGGGGCGCGCCCGUGACCGUGUUCCUGGGGAACGUGGUCAUGUACUUUGCCUUCCUCUUCCUGUUCACCUACGUCCUGCUGGUGGACUUCAGGCCACCUCCUCAGGGGCCAUCUGGGCCUGAGGUCACCCUCUACUUCUGGGUCUUUACACUGGUGCUGGAAGAGAUCCGGCAGGGAUUCUUCACAGACGAGGACACACAUCUGGUGAAGAAGUUCACACUCUACGUGGAAGAUAACUGGAACAAGUGUGACAUGGUGGCCAUCUUCCUGUUCAUUGUCGGUGUCACCUGCAGGAUGGUGCCCUCCAUGUUUGAGGCGGGCCGCACAGUCCUUGCCGUUGACUUCAUGGUGUUCACGCUCCGACUCAUCCACAUCUUCGCCAUCCACAAGCAGCUGGGCCCCAAGAUCAUCAUCGUGGAGCGCAUGAUGAAGGACGUCUUUUUCUUCCUCUUCUUCCUGAGCGUGUGGCUUGUGGCCUAUGGCGUGACCACGCAGGCGCUGCUGCACCCCCACGACGGGCGCCUGGAGUGGGUCUUCCGCCGCGUGCUCUACCGGCCCUACCUGCAGAUCUUUGGGCAAAUCCCACUGGACGAGAUCGAUGAAGCCCACGUGAACUGCUCCCUGCACCCCCUGCUGCAGGAGGACUCUCCCUCCUGCCCGAACCUCUAUGCCAACUGGCUGGUCAUCCUCCUGCUGGUCACCUUCCUGCUGGUCACCAACGUGCUACUCAUGAACCUGCUGAUCGCCAUGUUCAGCUACACGUUCCAGGUGGUGCAGGGCAAUGCCGACACGUUCUGGAAGUUCCAGCGCUAUCACCUCAUCGUGGAGUACCACGAGCGCCCCGCCCUGGCGCCGCCCUUCAUCCUCCUCAGCCACCUGAGCCUGGUGCUCAAGAGGUUCUUCCAGAAGGCGGCCGGGCAGAAGCGGAAGCACCUGGAGAGAGACUUGCCGGAGCCCCUGGACCAGAAGAUGGUCACCUGGGAAGCAGUUCAGAAGGAGAACUACCUGAGCAAGCUGGAGAAGCAGAAGAAGGACAGCGAGGAGGAGGUGCUGCGGAAAACCGCCCACAGGGUGGAGUCUGUAGCCCAGUACCUCGGGGGGCUGAGAGAGCAAGAAAAGCGCAUCAAGCGUUUGGAGUCACAGAUCAACUACUGUGCGGUGCUCCUGUCCUCCAUGCCCCCGCCGUCCUCCAUGCCCCCGCCGUCCUCUGGGGCUCGGAACGGUGCCUACUGCAACUCCCAGACCUUCAAAGGUGGACACCAGCAAGCCUCUGCUGGCCUCCAAGGGGAUGCAGGCAGCAGCGAGCACCCAGACGCUGGCCAGCGGCUCUCAGACACCUGA